AUGUAUGAGCAGAUCUGGGGUGAGCCAAUACCAUCCGCUCAGCUGAUACAGAAGGAAACUACGCCUUCCAAGUCUUGUCCAAAAGCAUUGAAGCCUCUUAAGGACACAUCAACCAACUAAGAGCUCCCAAUUUACUCCGGCACAGGCUCAAGAAAUAAAAAGGGUCCAAAAUGUCUCAGAAGAUCAAAGUUGGUUCUGUGGUUGAGAUGCAAGGAGAUGAGAUGACCAGAGUUAUAUGGGAGCUCAUAAAAGAAAAACUCAUCUUUCCUUACCUGGAGCUUGACCUGCACAGCUAUGACCUGGGAAUGGAGAACCGUGAUGCCACUGAUGACAAGGUGACGGUAGAGGCAGCGGAGGCUGUUAGACGCUUCAACGUUGGCAUCAAGUGUGCCACCAUCACGCCUGAUGAGAAGCGUGUGGAAGAGUUCAAGCUCAAGCAAAUGUGGCGCUCUCCCAACGGAACAAUCCGGAACAUCCUUGGUGGCACUGUGUUUCGAGAGGCUAUUAUCUGUAAAAAUAUUCCCCGCUUGGUUCCAGGCUGGAUCAAACCUAUUAUCAUAGGCAGACAUGCACAUGGAGACCAGUACAAGGCUACAGAUUUUGUUGUGCCCGGUCCUGGGAAAGUUGAAAUGACAUACACACCCAAGAAUGGAGGAGAGCAGCUCAAGUUUGUUGUCCAUGACUUUGAAGGUACAGGUGGUGUUGCUCUGGGGAUGUACAACACAGACAAGUCAAUCCGGGACUUUGCUCACAGCUCUUUCCAGAUGGGGUUGACCAAAGGCUGGCCGAUGUACCUCAGCACCAAGAACACCAUCCUAAAGAAAUAUGAUGGCCGCUUCAAAGACAUCUUCCAGGAGAUCUAUGAAAAAGAGUAUAAGGCUCAGUAUGAGGCCAAAGGAAUCUGGUACGAGCAUCGAUUGAUUGAUGAUAUGGUGGCUCAGGCCAUGAAGUCUGAAGGAGGGUUUAUCUGGGCCUGCAAGAACUACGACGGGGAUGUGCAGUCAGACUCCGUAGCUCAGGGUUAUGGGUCUCUGGGUAUGAUGACCAGCGUGCUCGUGUGUCCAGACGGGCACACGGUAGAAGCUGAGGCUGCCCAUGGCACAGUCACACGACACUAUCGUAUGCACCAGCAGGGCAAGGAGACUUCUACCAACCCCAUCGCCUCUAUCUUUGCAUGGACGCGAGGGCUGCUGCACCGAGCUGAGCUGGACAAGAAUGCAGAACUGCGUGUGUUUGCUGAGGCACUUGAGGCAGUUUGUGUCGAGACCAUUGAAGCCGGUUUCAUGACCAAGGACCUGGCCAUCUGCAUUAAGGGCAUGUCUAAUGUCAAACGCUCCGAUUACCUCAACACCUUUGAGUUCUUGGAUAAACUGGCCGAGAAUUUGAAGAUCAAGGUGUCAAGCCAACCCAAACUGUAAAGCUAUCACGUGUUCACAAACACAUGUACACAUAGACACGCAGCUCUCAAACCAUGCCAGGCCGCAGACUCUGUUAACCUUGUCUCCUGUCUAACUUUGACCAAAGACGGAGAAGUUAUGGACUGCACCACCAAAUCCAGAAGGGGGAGCAAGUACACUUUCCGCUGGAGGACCUGAACGUGCCUUUUAAAUGGAAGGAGCUACAUUCAUAACUCUUUUAAAAACACAUUGGAAACACUCUUUUAAAUUCAUAAAGGAAGUGUCAGUAUGUAGGAACGUUUAAUUAUUUUAACAUUGCAACUUUUAUUUUGUAUAACUUCCCCUGUAGUGCAUAAAUAUUUUUGGUAACACUUUACAAUAAGGUUUAUGUAAGGUUAAGGUUAAAUGUUAACAUUAGGUAAUGCAUUAGAUAUUAUUAAAUGACAAUGAACAGUUUUGUACAGCACUUAUUAAUCUCAGUUAAUGUUAAUUUAUAAAUGUACUAGUGUUUAUUGUGAAAUCAUAAUGCAUUAACUAAUGUUGACAUAUUCAACUUUUAAUGUUAAAAAUUCAUUAGUAUAUGUAUAAAGUAACCAAACAAGAUUAAUUUACUGUUCAUUGUUAGUUCAAGUUAACUUAUGUUUAUAUAUAUAUAUAUAUAUAUAUAUAUAUAUAUAUAUAUAUAUAUAUAAAUAACCUUAUUGUAAAGUGCGGUUUUGUAUUUUUGUUCUACAGAUUUAGUGCAGGAUCCAACCUGUUAUAUGCUUGAACACCUGUUGCCUUAUCGCUCUGUGUGUGUGUAUUGUCUUGUCUUCAGACAGUCACUCUUGAAGCCUGUCUCAAGAGCAGUGAGAUUAGGUUUUAACAAUGGAAAUACAAACAUGACAGUAAAUACCUGAUUUUCACUUAAAUGCUGGUAGUUAAAAUCAGUAGACAUUCCUGUUUAUUAUUUUUGUCACUAAAAUAUACUCAAUGCCACUCUCUGUCACUGAAUUGCAAAUGAAUUUCUGUAUGUCUCUCUUGAUCUUAGUCUGUGUGCUGGUGUUAUUGUUAUUAUGACCUCAAUAAUAAAUGAGUCUUUUUAAGAAGAGUA